UUUCUCCCCUCAUAAACCCUAAUUUUUUUUUCUUCACAAUAAAAACAAAAAGAUAUCAAAAGAAAAUUGCGAGAGAUUAAAGGGUUUCCCCUCUUCCCCCUCUUGCCUUUGCCUUUAAUUUCCUUUUUCCUCUUCCCUUUAGCUCUCAAAGAUCCAUUCUUUUUCAUUGAAAAUGGCUCAUUCUUCUCUUCCAAUCUUCGUCGAUCUGCCGAAUUGGCCACCGUCAAAUCAGCCACAAGGAAAUGAUCAGCAUCAACUUCCGGCGUUCAUGCUGCCUCCUCAGCCAACGGCGGCUCGUGGCAGCGGAGCCCGACCGGGUUCUAUGGCGUACCGAGCAAGGUUGGCGAUGGUACCGCAGCCGGAGAUGGCACUAAAAUGCCCACGUUGUGAUUCUACAAACACCAAAUUCUGUUAUUUCAAUAAUUACAGCCUUACUCAGCCGAGACACUUUUGUAAAACCUGCCGGCGGUACUGGACCCGUGGCGGCGCUCUUAGAAAUGUGCCCGUCGGUGGAGGGUUUCGUAAGAACAACAAGAAGAAGAAGAAAUCUAACCGAUCUAAGUCUCCAAUUGCUACUCAAAUUGAAAUGGGAAAUUCAAGAACAAUUGAGAGCCAUUUCCCAUCACAAUCUUUUCAAUUACCUUCAAUUCCAUCUCUCUCUCGCUUUGGAGCAAACAACUCAGCCCUAAACUUCGCCGGAAUUCACAUCGGAAACACAAAUUCCGGCAGGGAAUUGGAGCAAUGGCAGCGUUCUCAGCAACAACUGCCGUUCAUCAUCGCCGGACUCGAACCACCGACUCCCGCCACUGCUUACCCACAAAACCUUCAAACCGAAGUCGACAACUUUGGUUGCCACCAACAAGUUCAGAAUUCGACACCCUUUUUUAGGAUUCCGAUGAAAAACAAAGAACAAGAACAAGAACAAGAACAAGGAAUUUUAUCGAACUUCUUACGACCAGCGGAUCAAAACAGCCACUUUUGGGGAUGUGAUCAUCAAAAUUCAUGGACGGAUUUAUCAGCUAUCAGUUCAUCUUCAAGCAGCCAUCUUUUGUAAGAAUUUAUGUUAAUGUAACCUUAAAAAAAACAAAAAUAAAUGUAGAGAGUCAAUAUCGUGAUGUUCUAAAUUUGGUUUGCCGUGUUCUUAUUUUAAGAAAAACCCCUCCUUUUUCUUUGGGUAUCAAAU